AUGACGUCCCGUACACCAUUGGCCCCCAAAGCGCAGAAGCCAAAGUGGACCACGUCGGCGUUUUCACAGGACGAAUUGAGGUCGUUCACGCCCAACACCGUCAAGUCGGUCAGUUCCCGCCGCAGACCCUCCUAUGGCACAUUGCAGGCAGACAGAGAACUGUGCUACCACUUAGACUAUCCAGACGAUGCACAGCAAUUGGAGGCACAGCAAUUGGACCCUCAGUCGCGGUUCUUUGCUCGGCUCAGACCGCGCAGCUUGGACCUCCCCAAAAUGCUUCCCUACGAGAUCGAGACUCCGCGUGAGAGAGCACGCUUCUUGGCCCACAUCGUGGCCCACUUGUACAUAGCCGUAAAAUCAUUAGACAUCCAGGGUGUGCUUUCGGUGACGGCCAAGGAUUUGGCCGAGCUCAAAGACUUCCCGGGACUUACAGAUGUAGACGUUGCCUUGGAAACGAACAUGUUCGAGCUUGCGAAAGACCAGCAGCAGGCCUCGAAUGCCGCCGAGGACUUGGCCGCUGAAGACUUGGAUUUGGCUGAGGAGGACGAUCCGUGCGGCGACGAAAAUGAUCUAGACGAUGACGAUUUGGCCGACGACGACUCUGACUCCGAUGCAGACGCAGAUGGCCGUGAAGACUACGAUAUCAUGGAGACAGGCGAGUCUGCGACGCAGCACCGCCGCUCGCCCAAGCUGGCUGCGGGCGUCAGUGUCCGUGUCUGGACCCAGGAGCUUCUCGUGUGGCUCAAGAUGAAGUACGAGAUGCCGGUCUCUUUGCGCAUGGCGUUGGCCAAGGUCUACUAUGCCAUUUGCUGUUGCCGCGGCCAGCACAUAAACAUUAAGGUAUACUUGAAGAUGUUCCUCGUGCUCACGAAAGACACCGAUUUGAUGCGCCUGGCUGGUUUCCGCUUGCCGUGGGGACCAAUCUACAACGAGGUCUCAGUGCACUUCCCGCUGGCCGAUUCCAUGCAAGAGAAUUUCGAAAAGAAAGACUUGGCUCAAUUGCUCAAGUUGGCAGAAUGCGCAUCCGAGUUCUUCGACCCAAGCGCUCUUCCAAUCUUAUUCGAGAAGCUUGGCUCGCAGUUUUCCAUUCCAAAUGCUGCAGUGGUUCUCUGGAGUAUGCGUCUUCUUCCGCAAACAUUCGUUGAUGAUUACGGCUCUGGCCACCAAGACCAACUAGAUACACGUUACUAUAUCCAGCCCUUGAUCUACAUGUGGAAGAAGUUGAGUAAAAGUGCCGGCGUGGACACCCAUUUGACUUUCGCUUUGGGUAGAGUGGCAAUGUGCUACCUCUCGUACCUAAAUGAGCACCACAACGAUCUCGACAAAUUCGGCAAAUUCGGAAUCUUUCCUGAAGAAACAUUCGUGUAUACGAUCAACUCCCUCUCGAACUCCCUCAGCAUUAACAAUCAGAAAUUUGCCUCCAUGAAGGCAAAGUUUUUCCAUGGCUAUGCCAGUGCCAUUGUGUUCUCCAUCAAUGGUGAUACUGCUUUGGAGCCAAAUGGUAUCAUGUUCUAUAUUCAAAACUUGAUCAACGCCAUCGAGAGUUUCGUUCAUCCUUCCAACAGUGGCGAAUGGUCCAAGCCCAUUUCAAAACUCAUUCUCAGCAUCAUUUACCAGUUCCACAAACGUUUCAACAUGGAGAGGGAGAAAGAUGGAGGCUUGAAGGACCUACCCGAAAAUGUCAAGCUCUCAGACAAAUUGGUGCUGAAAUUCGUCAAAACCAUGUUGGAAAUCGUCAAGAUCGGUCUUCAGUCCAAAAAAAGUAGUGUCAUGGAACAGUACUUGGUUGCAAUUGAGUUUUUGGCUCAUUUGGACGCCAAGCAAACGUUGAGCGGUGUUUUACCGGACAUUUACGAGUCUUUAGAUGGAGUCAUCUCAACACAUAGAGUUAUUACAGCUAUGAGAUGUAUGGAACAGCUCAUUCGUUAUUUCGCUGCGACGCCGUGCUUUAGAGUUCAUCUUGCCCGAAUUUUGACGCUACUAUUGCCCGGUAUUGACUCGAACGAUUUGGUCAAAACUACUCACGCACUCAACAUCUUUGCUGCUAUCUCUAAUUAUGUGCCAUUCGUUGAUUUAACAGAAGGUGAGGGUGAGCCAUCUUUGGCAAUGGAGUUCACGACCUCACAAUUGGAAUUUCUCGAAAACAAACGAAUCAGUGGCGACGACUCAGAAGAGUUUGUUGUGGAACCAGAGCUUGAAAUUGAAGCUUUGAGAUCUUCGACCACAACUUUCAAGUUUUUGAUUAAAAGUUUUGCUGGAAGGGUUUUCAAUUUGUUAGAGAAUAUCCCAGACCCUUCCAAGAGCAACGGUAUUGAGAAGGAUCUCUGUGACACCUUGCCCAAGCUUAUCUUCAUGAUGCUUGAGUCUAUGUCAGACGAUAUUUUCUCAACUUUCAGAUCCGAGAUGGAAUCAUUUAUUUUCGAAACGGUUCUCCAUUACAUUGCUGAUGAAGUGGGUGAAACAUUUGGAGGUGUCAUAAAAAGAGACCCACCAUAUUUCAAAAAGGUCAUUCCUUUGUUGAUUGCCAGAGUCAAGGAAGAAGUUGUUGAAAACGGCGCUGGUAAACAGAGGUCUGGAGGCGACAUCGCACCACGAGAUCAAGCCUUGUACUGGUAUCUUUCGAUUCUCAACGAAGCGGUCGGUAAUGGAGGAGAGUAUAUUGUUGAUCUAGGUGACCAGUUGAACGAAUUGUCAUUAUUCUUGAUGGACAAUGUCAAGGGCAGAAUUGGAUUCAGUACCACCCACCUCGUGAAUCAAAUACUGCAAGGUGCCACUGAAAUUCGCUUAAAAGAAUCUCGAUUGAUCAAUCCUCGUUAUCUUGAACAUCUGAAGGUGGAUGAGAAAUGCUGGGGUGGAUUUCAGUUCGACGAUUAUCGUUUCUCAGAGGAGAACCUUACUUUCGAGUGGUUUAUUCCAACCAACAGAGAAAUUGAAUUUGCUGUGAAAACUUUCAAAACACACAUUACCAGGUCACUCAAAAACAUUCUGAAAACGUUGAAAGAAGUCACGCGCCGUAAAUCUGACAAGAAGUUUAUGCUUGGAGUUUCCGACGACUUGGGACCAUCAAUUUUAUACUUGGGUUUCGGCCUCAGUGGUAUGUCGUAUUUGCUCGAUCCAUCCUUUGAUGAGGAUAUUCCCAAAUUGAGUGACCACAAUUCCGAACCCAUCCAGAAUCGACUCCGUCUCCUCAACCAGAUUCGAGAAAUGAAGUCGAAGAAGACUUUGCAGAAAGAUGACAUUAUCGUGGACAAUGUCCAUGAGAACUUAGAACAGAUUGUUCACGACAUUGAGCUGUCAGACGAUGCCGUUGAAAUUGAUAACGCACAACAUGAGCAGUUUGUGGAGAAUUUCGGUGAAGAAUCAAAAUCAGGUUCUAAAGAAAGUCUUGACGUGGAUGCUCUGCAUCGCGCUGAUUUGCAUGCUUUAAGAAUGUCCGAUUCUCCCAGUGAGGUAUCUUCUGCUGUUCACAGUCCUCAGAUGUAUGGAGUUGACCUGGUCAACCCUGCAAUUACCUUUAGAGAGCGCAAAUUGUAUACCAGCCGGUACUUCUUUGGUGAUGAUAUUGAGACAAGAAGAGCAAAUGAUCUUUACUUGGAAGUGCAUCGCUUGAGACAUUUGGUGGGAAGAAGUUUGCAUUACAUUUGCAAGUUCAUGAUGGCUCAUAUUUCAGAUGGUACCAAGCUCCACAAACACUUGCUUUACGCUUUGGACGUUUGGUUCAACGAUGUCGGAAAAGAAAGAAACUUAACUCAUAGCCAUGCUCGUAUUCCCUACUCUUACGACAAUGAGCUUCAACAAAUUAACCGUGUGAGAAAGCCCUAUUCAAGAAUCACUUUUGGCAGCCGGAUCGAAUCAUACCAUUUGUUCAGAAGCAGUCUUCACGCUGCUUCUAGAACUAUGUCUGAUCUUGACAAGUUGCUUAUCCAGGAUGUAACUAAAUUAUCGUGUUCGACAUACCGAGCCAUUAGCGACCCAGCACAGUCGACGAUCGUUGAUGUUAUGAAGCGAGUCAACGGCGCCUAUGGAGUUAUCGUCCGCUCGACCAUUCGUCAUCUCACGAAAGGAAUCCAGGAGAAGAACUAUAGACAAAUAGAAAGUGCAUUGAGUGUUUUCGAACUCAAGAAAAUCAAUCUGAAAUUACAUGGUGACUACAUGGUCUUGAAGAAGUUCAUGGAGCUUCUUCAAUCGUGUCUUGCCAUCGAUGACGAGGAUGUACGUGAUGUUGCACAAGGCUUGUAUAAAGAUAUGUGCUCUGCCAUUUAUCCUCCUCGCAAGUGCUGUAUCAUCGAUCACGAACUCGUGGACGCUAUCAAGCCACCAGAUGAGCUCAUUGACCUAGAGGUUCAAGCUGUUACUAUGGCUAAAGAAAAGAAGCGCGGACUCUACUUGAGCAAAAUCGACAAGGUUCAAAAUGCAGUCGUUGGCUAUGAAAAAGAAAACUCACACUGGAAAACAAGCUACUACAACUUAAUGUUUUUGACUGAGCUACAACUCGAGUAUGAACUAGACACCAAUCCGGAAGUAUUUCAGCUUGUCACGGAAGCUAUUUCUUCUGAUCAUCCAUUGAUCUCAAAAUUGGCGGUGAAAAGUAUGACAAAAUUAUUUCACAAGCUCAAGAUCCUUUCAACCUAUGAUUACAACCUCAGCAAUGCUUACGACGUGUCUUACAUUACCAGAGAUCAGAAGAUUAUUGACACACAGCCAGUGGACGGUAAAUCCUUCUACGAUACGUGGAUGAAGGAAGUACAAAGCUCCAAACCCUUCUACUACUGGGAUAACAAAUUCAACCAAGGUUGGUUGUUCUGGGGUGAGAGUAUGGUCAUGGUGAACAGUAAUGGACAUAACAAUUUGACUUUGAAGAAAAAAGAUGAAGCAAUUUUGCACUCUUUUGCAGAAUCUGUGAGCAGAGAUUGGCUUUUGGAAAUCGUUGACCUGUGGAUUGAUGACAACGAAGCCAAUUCAGCAUUCCAAGGUGCUGACGUCUCGUUCACAACUGGACUCAUUAUGUUGAUUUACGAAGGAUACAUCACAAACCUAUCAUUUGAAGAGAUUUUGGAGGUUGUUAAAGAGGUUUAUGAGCCGGAAGACAAGAGUAGUCAUAUUGUCGUUUGCGAGUUGAUCUCUGGUAUUUUGAAUGCCUCAAAAUAUAUGCGCGACGAGUGGAUCGCAUCUCGCGAUGAUUUCAUUGUUACCUUUUUGAAAGGCUUAUUGGCCCGUGAUAUUACUCCUGAGACAAGACAUGUGUGGAACAUUCUUUUCUGGUAUGUGCCUUCACAUGUCGAUAGCCGCAGAUACCCUAAGGUUCGCGACAUUCUCUUUGACUUUCCAAUCAACGGGGACUCUGACUCGGCUAUCCUAGAGGCAACAGUGUUAUCCUAUAUUAGAUCGAUGACUUCUGCAAUCUCAUGGGGAUUACCAAAUGCAGAGCAGAUUUUGAACUUGUGCUUUGGUAAUUUUAACAACAGAUACCAAACAAUAAGGGAGCAAAUCGGCUCACUAUUAGCUGUCGUAUCUUUCACGUUCUACGGCGAUACGUAUAAGGACUCCCAGGCCUUCAUUGAUGCUUGCGUGGACCAAAAGUCCAUGCGUUCGAGCUGUACCAACGAGGCAUUCUUUGGAAGAUUGACCGAAAUGUUUGCAACAAUUGAAAGCCACAGAUUGGUCGUAAAAGAUGACCUGGCUCAACAGAUUUUGCAGUCUGAAUACUUUUAUUGUGCUACUACAAUGAUGAGCUUCUUGACUCAAGCUUUAAACACAAGUAUUGCAGUCCAAUUUCAAGCAAUGGUGUCUAAAGACAUUGUUCCGUUUCUUCUCAACAUCAUUGCUAUGAAGGAGGUUUGCAUGUUGGGUACAAUUGAUCCAUACUCGAUCCUUAAGCAAGCCUCCCAGAUUACUUUCGAGACAGGCGCUCUUGAAGAUAUCAUCCAAAUGUUUGAGUUCUAUUCGUCGAAAGAUUUGCUUUUGAUGCAAUACUUUGCUAUGGGUGAGUUUGUGGAGGUUGUCUAUUUCAAGAAUCUUUUCACUUUGACAAAGCUUCAAAGAAAACGGAUCUUGAAUAUUGUCAGCUCCAUGUUCUUCCACAAGAGUGUAGAAAUCCGGGAAGCGCUGUCCUUCACAUUCUCUGGAUUGAUCCAUGCAACACCACCAAGUGAGAUUGAAGAAAUAAUCAACUUCUACAGAAAGAAGUUCUCCUCGGAUUUGGAUCGUAUCAGAAAGGCGAAUAAGAAGACGGGACUCAAGAACAUUCCGCAAAAAGAUACAGUGAUACUUCAUGGCGCCACGUUGGGAUUAGGAGCAUUGGUUCACGCUUUCUCAUUCACGUCGCCACCUCCAAAGUGGAUUCCCAACAUCCUCACAAUUUUGUCCAACAAAGCUUCAGGAAUCCCGGGUAUUGUUGGAAAAUCUGCUAAAGAGACUCUAGGCAAAUUCAAAAAGACUAGACAAGACUCGUGGCAUAUCGACAGUAAAGUGUUCUCCGAAGAACAGAUGCAGGCUCUUGAGGGUGUUCUUUGGAAGAGUUACUUCAUCUAG